CUGUUAAAAGCGAACAGGCAAAGGCUACCCUUUUGUAGUUUCCUAGUUGAUAACUUGGGUUUCCCUUUUGGGUUCCUUCAAGUGUUGCUUUUUUUUCUUCUUUCAUGGCAGAUCUCGUUUUUCUCAAGUAAAGAGAAAAGGGUUGCUCAUUCCUUCUUCAAGGGAAAGCUUUUCAUUGUUUGGUGGAUGAUUGAGUGAAAAAAGAAAUGAUUUUUCUGGAUUAGCUUUUUCCGAAAGAUAAUUAAGGCACUGCCAACUUUGGAAUUAUGAGUUAUUUUUCCUCUGUCUUGCAUUUAUAUAAAUCCUUCGAAUUUGAAGCGAAAAUCCGACAAUAAAGCUGUAACAGCCACCCUAAAACUGUGGUUUCUUGCUCUUAAAGGCAAAACGAGAUAAAUACACACACUUCUCUCCCCCUUCUUAUUUUCUUUGACAUCAGUUAAAGAAGAGCUUGAGCUGACUUCUGGGUGGUCUCUCACAUUUGUUGUCAAGGAUCUGUCUUUUUCAUAGUCUAUUUCCUCUAUUUAUAAGAGAAGAGAAAGAAUGUCUGGAGAGAAACAGGCGGAGGAAGCCAUUGUUCCAAGCUUCAACGACACCAUGGAUCAUGAAGAAAAAGAUGAAGAAGAGGGAGAUCAUUCCAUUUUCAGUGUCAAGAGCUUGCUUUGGCAUGGUGGUUCUGUUUAUGAUGCCUGGUUCAGUUGUUCUUCUAAUCAGGUGGCUCAAGUUCUAUUAACAUUACCAUACUCUUUCUCUCAAAUGGGAAUGCUCUCUGGGAUCAUUCUGCAGAUCUUUUAUGGUGUUCUUGGAAGCUGGACAGCUUAUCUGAUCAGUGUUUUAUACAUUGAAUACCGAAGCAGAAAGGAAAAAGAAAAUGUCAGCUUUAAGAAUCACGUUAUCCAGUGGUUUGAAGUGCUGGAUGGUCUAUUGGGACCUUACUGGAAAGCUAUUGGAUUGGCCUUUAACUGCACUUUUCUUCUCUUUGGAUCUGUGAUUCAACUAAUAGCUUGUGCAAGCAACAUAUAUUACAUAAACGACAAGAUGGACAAGAGGACAUGGACAUACAUCUUUGGAGCUUGUUGUGCCACAACAGUGUUCGUCCCUUCAUUCCACAACUACAGAAUCUGGUCCUUUUUGGGGCUUGGGAUGACCACUUAUACUGCAUGGUAUUUGACCAUUGCUGCUCUUGUUCAUGGCCAGGUGGAAGGUGUAACUCACCAAGGUCCAACUAAGUUGGUUUUGUACUUCACUGGCGCCACAAAUAUCCUCUACACUUUUGGCGGACAUGCUGUCACGGUUGAAAUUAUGCAUGCAAUGUGGAAGCCUCAAAAGUUCAAGUAUAUAUAUCUAUUGGCUACACUCUAUGUGUUCACCUUGACCCUCCCAUCCGCUGCCGCCGUUUACUGGGCUUUCGGUGAUCAACUCCUUGACCAUUCCAAUGCGUUUUCACUCCUCCCACGGUCUGGUUGGCGUGAUGCAGCAGUUAUCUUAAUGCUAAUCCACCAGUUUAUCACCUUCGGGUUCGCCUGCACGCCGCUGUACUUUGUGUGGGAGAAAGUAGUGGGGAUGCAUGACACAGAGAGCAUUUGUUUGAGGGCUGUAUCCCGGUUACCUGUGGUGAUACCUAUAUGGUUCUUGGCUAUUAUAUUUCCUUUCUUUGGUCCCAUUAACUCGGCUGUAGGAUCUCUCCUGGUUAGCUUCACUGUCUACAUCAUCCCUGCCAUGGCUCAUAUGCUCACUUAUAAAUCGGCCUCUGCACGAAAGAAUGCAGCCGAGAAGCCUCCUUUCUUCCUCCCGAGCUGGACAGCAAUCUAUGCAGUGAAUGCAGCUAUCGUGAUAUGGGUGUUCGUAGUCGGAUUCGGAUUGGGAGGUUGGGCUAGCAUGACGAAUUUUAUCAAGCAAGUCGACACAUUCGGACUCUUUGCCAAGUGCUACCAGUGCCCGGCUUCAACAUCAAAACAUCACUGAUUCAAGAACUUCGAUUUGAACUCGAAACCCCCCCUUUUUGUUUGUUCGUUUGUUUACAUUCCGAUGACGAUGCAUAGCCGGAGUUCCGAAUAUUUCAGUGUGCCGUAGUUACCUCCAUCCUUGUUUUACCUUGAUAUACAAGACAUCAGUGAUUGUGAA